CAAAUGUCAAGUCAAAAGAAAGAGGGCAAGCGCGAAAGUUUUUGAAAAUGUCUUCUUCGUCCUCGGAAAGUGGUUAUGAUAGGACAACAAAUAUUUACACAUGGCUGCUCGAAUUUAUGUGCUAUGAACUUCACAAUGAAUUCUUGGAAUCGAGCACAGUGGACAGCACAUCUGAUAGAGACUAUUUGAAAGGUUUUAUCCAGCGUUUAGCUCCUAAGAUACCAUUGCCAUCCAUAAAGAUGUGUAUGGUCCAGUACUUACACCUAUUGGUUCGGUUGGUGGAUGGUCCUUCAAUUUCAUUGGAGUACACAUCUGAACAAUGCAGUGAUCAAGGAGGUGAAAACAGUCCGAUUACGCCAUUGGAAGAUGCUAUUCAGAUACUUGAUAAAAUAGAAUUUUAUGAUAAAAACAGUCACAUUCCAAAGAAUGACAUAAAUGAGUUCAAGGAGCUGUUGCGCACCGAGGCUGUUUUUGUUUGUUGUCGUGCUAAUAAUUUUGAAAAAGGCAAGCAAGUUUUAGAACGUCAAUGGCCAGAAGAUUCCAUUGAAACAGAAAUUGAUAAAAUGACCAAGGAUAAACUAUUGGAAAUUGUGGAUUCAAAGAGGUGUAAACAUGUUGAGAUUAGAAAGAGUUCCUAUGCAGAUUUUAUAGCCAAGACCCAUCACUACCUUCAAGCUAUCUACUCCAUAUUUUCAGAGCCGUUCCUGGUCGCUGCUGAUAGGAAAUUUAAAGGAAUCUUUAAUAAAAGGAGAAGGGAUGAGACUGAAGCGGAUUUGACAAUGGAAUCUGUGGAAGAUGUACCCCCAACACCAAACAGAAGUGCCCAAAAGAUGCCCAGUGGGAGGCCCAGAAAGGAAUUGAGAAGUAGCCCAAGAAAUGAACAGCCCAAAGAGAAUGAAAAUUGCAAUCAAAAAAUGGAUGAAAAUGAAGGGGAUUUGACAGUGGAAUCUGCGGAAGAUGUACCCCCAACACCAAACAAAAGUGCCCAAAAGAUGCCCGGUGGGAGGCCCAGAGGGAGGCCCAGAAGGAAAUUGAGAAGUAGUCCAAGAAAUGAACAGUCCAAUGAGAAUGAAAAUUGCAAUCAAAAGAGAAUGGAUGAAAAUGAAGGGGAUUUGACAGUGGAAUCUGCAGAAGAUGUACCCCCAACACCAAACAAAAGUGCCCAAAAGAUGCCCGGUGGGAGUCCCAGAAAGAAAUUGAGAAGUAGCCCAAGAAAUGAACACCCCAAAGAGAAUGAAAAAUGCAAUCAAAAGAGAAUGGAUGAAAAUGAAGGGGAUUUGACAGUGGAUUCUGCGGAAGAUGUACCCCCAUCACCAAACAAAAGUGCCCAAAACACACCCAGAAAGACGCCCAGUGGGAGGCCCAAAGGGAGACCCAGAAAGAAUUUGAGAAGUCCAAGAAAUGAACAGCCCAAAGAAAAUGAAAAAUGCAAUCAAAAAUCUGGUGAUCGAUUUAAAAAGUUUCUACAGCAUGAAGGAAAGGAUCCAGAGAAAUUCAUGAUGGAUAUCUCUCGAGAAAGUAUUGAGGCUGUUGUUGCUGCUAAGGUGAAGCAGUAUGUAAAAGUGCAGUCUGGCCCCAAGGAGCAAGGAAACAGCUGUUGUUCAUCUGACAGUGAGGUAUUUGCCCAUCUACAGGGACAGAAUGCAAGUCCAACUGGAUCAAGUUCGUCAGAGAUUCCACAUACAUCUACAGAUGAAACAUGGUGUCCGCUCUCAUCGGAGAUUCCACAUACAUCCACAGAUGAAACAACACUCUCAUCGGAGAUUCCACAUACAUCCACAGAUGAAAUAACACUCUCAUCAGAGAUUCCACAUACAUCCACAGAUGAAAUAACACUCUUGUCAGGUUUUAAUUCAGACUCCACAGAAACCUUCACAUACAGUCUACAAAAGUCAACAGAUCAACAAAGACCACUUCCAUCAGAAAGUCCACAAAAUUUAAAGGAAACCCACACAUCCAGUAGUCCACAAAAGUCAACAGAUCAACAAAGACCACUACGUGCAAAUCAUCGGCGAACAAGAAUUUCACUAAAAUUCAACAACUGUGAUGAAAAUGAUGGCGAGAUCGUUAAAUGGGAUUCUGAUGAUGAGGAAAUAACGUAUCCAGUGCUACCUACACCUAAAUGCCGAUAUAGUUUGGAUGUCAAACAAGGCAUACGUAGACGGUGGACAAACGCUGAAGUAGAGGAACUCCGUUCUGGGGUGAGGAGGUUUGGAGUAGGGGAGUGGUCAAAAAUCCGUGACCAUUUCCAUUUGGAACACCGGUCGGCUGUAGAUAUUAAGGACAAAUGGAGGAACCUGUACAAAAACAAAUAAGAAUUAAAGAAAAUUCAACACCAGUAACGAAGAUGCCUAGAAAUUAAGUCUGAUGAUGAGAAAGAAAUUUGAGUCUUUUUAUGGAGAAUCAGUCCAUAUUUUUAUAUUGAAUUGCAGGAUUUUUUAAAGCGUUUGUGAGUUUAGCCUUUUUAAAGAAACAACCUAAAUAAGAUAUAUUUUGAUAACGAAGUGAAAAAGCAUACAGUAAUUAAUCAUAAACAUUAUUAAUCAAAUGAAUGAUAACAUGAAAUUGCUUAAAAAAAUACAAAAUAUGUCAUAAAAAUAUAAAUAACUAUAAAUAAUAAUGUAGUCUGACACAUUUGUCACACAAUAGCAAUUCAGUAUCUGUUAUACACCUUUAUCGAAAAUACUGUAUUUCCAUUCAUAAUGUAAACAUUUUGAAUAAUUAAUGACUAAAUGAUAUCAUUAAUCCAGCCACAGAAAUAAGCCAAUUUGUUUUUUGAACUGAAUAUGCCCGUAUCAAGGUCAAACAACAAUCAUACACACAAUAUUAUGUUUAUGUCAAUUGACAAAGAUUGAUUGUACUGUAUAAUGAUAUUAAAAAUUAUUGUGAUGUGUUGUGAAAAAACGAGCCUUGUAUGCCAGGUGAUUUUGAUAUAUUCAAGAAGUGAUAUUGUGACAAAAAUUGGGAUUUAGUAUUUUACAAUACCAAAUGUUCUGACUUGAGGUGCAUAAGUUAAAGGUGUUUUAUGAGGAACAUUUUUUAAAGCUCUCUUCCAGAAUUGAUAGGAAAAUUUUCAGUUGUUUCUUUAGAUGUGAUUUUCUCUAAAGUGCAUUUUCAGAUAUCUGAAUUUGGAAAUGAUCUUACUCCAGUAGUAUUCAACCUAGGAACCUGAUUCAAAGACCAAACAAAAGCUAAUAUGAAUCAAUCAAUCGUUACUUGUGGUGCGGUUCCAAAAAGGGAUUAUGGAAAAAGGUGCGUCUUUAGUAGUGACUUAAAACUGUUGAGUGAAGGUGAUUGUCAUCUACCGGUAUCUAAAUAUACAGUAUCAGUAACUCAUUUUUCGUACAAGAUUCAUUUUGUCGCAACAGCUCACAAUUUCCUACCAGUUACAAAUAUUUGAAAAAAUAGAAAUGUGUACACAUACACCCUGUACUUACAUAUUCAGAUAGAAAAAUAACUUAUAAACUGUUUACAAAUUUAUGAAAUUCCAGUUUAAUCAUUAAAUAUUUAUUUUCAAAUAUGAAAUGGGAUGAAUAACACUGUUGAUUAUAGGUGAUUUAGGAACAAAUUAAGAUCUACUGUCACUCAUGUUUAUGAAAAUUCUUAAACUCUCUGCGAUAAAUAUUGGUUUGAUAGGUGAAAGUUAAUAAUAAAUUAAAAUAUACAAAUUUAUAGCCUUUCAAGUAAUGUUUAAGUGGUAGUAUAUCUUAAACCAACCAUCAAUCAAUCAAUCAUUGUACAGUAUACAUUGUAUUUUUGCUACAUAGUAUGUACUAAGGAGUUAUGUGGGUUUGGGUUUCCAAACAAAAGAUAUGUGUUUCGAACCUCUUUGUUUUUGUUUUUUAGCAAGGCACUUCAUAAAUGCUGUCUCUUGCCAUCUAAGAUUAUUACUUGAGUCCUAAUAUGCUACUUACAGUAUUAAAAAUGGAUUUGAAAUUUUGUUUUUGUUGAACCAAUUAUUUCUGAUAUGCGGCAGCACUUGAAGUGUCAUGGGUAUUAGGGAGUUCUUAAGACUUAUCGCACCAACAAA